AUGAAUCCGAGUAUCGCUCAUUACUUGACAACAUGGUUGUUGAUGACAACUCAAGUUGCUGCACUUGCGACAGGAUCAAGACUUUCCUCCCAUUCCCGAGAUCUUCACAGUUCGUCUACUUCUGUGACUAAACCACUUAGGAUAGGACUGGCGACUGAACCAACCUUACCCCUAUCGAGUGGGGCCAAAUUUGAGCUUACUCCAUCGACACCAGUGGCCACGCUAGAUUAUGGCCAUGAAGUCGCAGGUUAUCCAUACUAUGAUGUAGAAUUCAUCAGUGGGAAAGUUCAAAUUGAGGUCAAAUACUCGGAAGAAUUCAAGGGUCUCAGUACUAACUUCUCUGACGGACCUUUCCCCUUUGCAAUUGGUCUUUCGAAUACGUAUCGUGUUGAAACCUUUGAACUCAAUGAGACUGGACCUUUCCAAGCAUUUCUACUUCAAGGAGGACAAAAAUGGCAAUCAAUCAGCCUCUUGACAUCGGGAACCGUAACGUUUUCAACUAUUGGAUUUACUGCGUCAGUAUCGAAUAUUGAUGUCAGUACACUGCCCGGUGGGUUUGAGUCCGACAAUGUCAUGCUUAACGAUAUUUGGGCCCUUGGAGCUAGGGCAUCAUCAUUGGCCUGCAUCGAUCGCGGAACUCAGGGUUCUAUGUGGGAGUUUGAUAUGAAUGGUGCUUUUGUAAGGGGUAUGAAACCAGGACUUACAAUUAAAGGCGCUUCGUUUCAGAAUUACACGUUGGAGUUCAACACUAUGAUCAAAAGAGGCGGGAUAGGUUGGGCGAUUGGGGUUCCAAUUGCUACACCCUUAGGCCUUCAAUUGAACUUAAUUGGGGAGCUACCUAAAAAUACAACUUUUGUCAAUACGAACACUACACUUACUCCACCAAAUUCCUUGAUUCUCUCCUAUGGUUACUCUUUAGUCAAUGUCACUACACUUCCUUCUUACCGCCUAGAUGUAUUCAAUACACCUCCCAUAAAAGAGAACACCUGGUAUACGGUGCGGACCAUCCUUGAUACUGCAGACAACCUUGCGGUAUAUAUAGACGACGCAGAAAUUUUCAAUACUUCUUUGUCAUCUUAUUAUGUUGGUGAAACACCAAUACAGACGGCUGGCACUUUUGGAUUUGGUGGCUGGCAAGAUCAGGUUGGCUACAUCAAGAAUGUGAUCGUUCGGGACACGUUCAAUCAGUCGCUUUUAUAUAAUAACACGAUGAUGACUGAUACAGAUUUGGUACUGACUGAGUACGGCGUUCACUCUAACCUCCAAACAACGUGUCUAGAUGGCGCGAAACGAGAUCGCCUAGUAUGGUUAGGCGACUUUUAUCAUACAAGCCGCAUAAUACCGGUCACCACUUCUCGAAGUGACCAUUUAAAGGGGACUUUGAAUAUCUUUCUAGACUGGCAAACAGAAAAUGGACUUUUACCAUUUGCUCCACCGAUUGGUUACAAUGCAUCUGGCGCCAAGCAGACAUUUGCCUUCGGUGGUGAUGCAUCCGCUGGUCUUGAAAUUUAUGGUGCUGUUCUAGCUGAUUACCAAAUUCUUGGAUUGAUAUCCUACUCUAAUUAUAUUUCGUCAAGUAAUGACCUUGAAUUUGCACAUCAAACAUGGUCAAACUGGCAACUUCUGGCAGAUUGGUUGAUCGCACAACUCAGUCCUGAUACUGGUCUACCUGUCUUUCUCUCUUCGUUCCUUGGUCCAAGCCAAGGCUCUGCUGUCUCCUGUGCCCUUGUGCAAGCGUUGAGCCAGCUUGUGGAAGUGGCUAUGGCUUUAAAUGAUUUGGCGUCGGCUACCAAGUAUCAAACCGCGGCAACGAAAAUAUCCACCGCGGUCAACAGGCAGUUGUGGAAUCCAACCAUCGGCGUUUAUUCCCUUUCUGCCGCUUCGCCUGGCGAUUAUUCUAUUGCGGCAAUUGGAUUCUGUAUCACAUCAGGCACAGCAAAUACGACCCAAGCACUUCAAUCCUUACAAGCUCUCGACGCCCUAAAGCUAGGGCCGGGAUAUAAAGAUUCGACAAAAGUCAAUAGUUCGGAUCUCAGCACAAAUAUUUCGCCUAAUAUAAAUGGAUUUUUGCUUGCAGCGAUUAUCUCACACAAUGCAAGUAGCAAGGCUUUGAGCUUACUCGAAAGCCUCUGGUCUCCAAUGUUGUCAAAUCCAAAAACAUCCACAGGUGCGAGCUGGGAGUAUGUAAAUCUUGAAGGCAACCCGGGACUUGGUUUGUUCACAAGUCUUGCACAUCCAUGGGGUGGAGCACCUACAUAUUUACUUACCGAAUGGGCCGCGGGAUUGAGACGUGCUGAUGGUCGAACUGGGUAUGGCUAUAGAAACUGGCUUAUCAAUCCGGACGUUGGUUUGGCUAUGGGGCUCAAGACUGCCAGCGCCAGGGUAGUGACUGCUUUUAAUGGAAGCUUGAGCGUGAAGUGGACAUUGAAUGAAGGAGUUGUGGACGUCAUUAUAAAUGCACCGAGUAACACAAGUGGUGUCUUUGAGGUGGCUGGAACGAGAAAAGUGCUCGGCGGUGAAAAUUCAUACAGGUUCAAUGUAAGUAUAUAA